AGUCCCGGAAGCAGUUGCUGUUUCUAGGGAGGCGGGCCGGGGCGGGCCGGGCUGCCGCCGCUGACGGCGGGGGAGGAGCCGCAUCCACUGCCGGGUGGAGGGCCAGGCGAGUGUCCUUAUCCUAGCGAGUGGAGCUCGGGCCUGCGAGCCAGUUGCAGCGGCGGCGGCGGGAACGACUGGUCCGGGCGGAAGAAAUCAUGUUGCUCUUCGUAGAGCAGGUAACAUCCAAAGGGACUGGUUUAAAUCCUAAUGCCAAAGUAUGGCAAGAAAUUCCUCCUGGAAAUCCUGAUGCCACUCCUGUAACUCAUGGAAGUCAAAGCCCUUGGCAUGAAACAGCAGCCACAUCAGGGCCUCAGACUGAGGGCAAUACAGAGCUUUCAGAAGAUAUGUGUAAAGAAUAUGAAAUGAUGUAUUCUCCAUCUUGUGAAACCACAAGAAAUACUACUGGCAUUGGAGAACCAACUGAGGGGAUGAUUUUAGGACCAGAAGAUAUGAGUUACCAAAUAUAUGACAUUUCUGAAGAAAAUAGUUCUGCAAUUUCUACAGAAGAUCUAAAAGAAUGUCUAAAGAAACAAUUAGAGUUCUGUUUUUCAAGAGAAAAUUUAUCAAAGGAUCUUUACUUAAUAUCUCAAAUGGAUAGUGACCAGUUCGUCCCAAUAUGGACAGUUGCCAACAUGGAAGAAAUAAAAAAGUUGACUACAGAUCCUGAUCUAAUUCUUGAAGUGUUGAGAUCAUCUCCAAUGGUACAAGUUGAUGAGAAAGGCGAGAAAGUGAGGCCGAGUCAUAAACGUUGCAUUGUGAUUCUCAGAGAGAUUCCUGAAACAACACCAGUAGAGGAGGUGAAAGCUUUGUUCAAAAAUGAAAACUGCCCCAAAGUGAUAAGCUGUGAGUUUGCACACAACAGCAACUGGUACAUCACCUUCCAGUCAGACACUGAUGCACAACAGGCAUUUAAAUACUUGCGAGAAGAAGUGAAAACAUUUCAGGGCAAGCCAAUCAUGGCAAGGAUAAAAGCCAUUAAUACCUUCUUUGCUAAGAAUGGUUAUCGAUUAAUGGAUUCUAGUAUGUACAGUCAGCCCAUUCAGACACAGGCACAGUAUGCUUCACCAGUUUUUAUGCAGCCUGUGUACAAUCCUCACCAACAGUACUCACUGUAUAGUAUUGUGCCUCAGUCUUGGUCUCCAAGUCCUGCACCUUACUUUGAAACACCUCUGGCUCCCUUUCCCAAUGGUAAUUUUGUGAACGGCUUUAAUUCACCGGGAUCUUACAAAACAACUGCUACUGCUAUGAAUAUGGGUCGGCCAUUCCAAAAAAAUCGUGUGAAGCCUCAUUUUAGGUCAUCCAGUGGUACAGAACACUCAACAGAGGGCUCUGUGUCAUUGGGGGAUGGACCAUUGAACAGAUCUAGUUCAAGGAACUUUGCAACUGAGCGACAUAACCCUUCAGUAACAGGGCAUCAAGAGCAAAUUUACCUUCCAAAGGAGACUUCCACUUUACAGCUGGAACAAAAUGGGGACUAUGGUAGGGGCAGGAGAACUCUUUUCAGAGGUCGAAGACGAAGAGAAGAUGAAAGGAUCCCAAGACCCCAUCCUUCAGCUGAAGCAAAAUCUCCAACACCAAAGUUUGACUUAUUAGCUUCAAAUUUUCCUCCUCUACCUGGGAGUUCAUCAAGAAUGCCAGGAGAGCUCGUUUUGGAGAAUAGAAUGUCUGAUGUCAUUAAAGGUGUCUGCAAAGAAAAGGAUCUUUUUUUUCGUAGCACAACUCGGCAAGAAGAGGAUGCAAUAGAUGAUUCCACUGUUCAGAAGGAUGUUCUCAAUCAGAUGACUACACCAAUUCUUUCCCCAAGUACUGCAAAGCCAUCAAGAGCAAACACAGCUUUACCAUGUAAUAGUAACGUAAAUGUACCCGCAGCUGUGCCCUUACAGGAACCCCGAAAGUUAAGUUAUGCUGAAGUAUGCCAGAAACCUCCUAAAGAGCCAUCUCCCGUUCUUGUGCAGCCACUGCAGGAACUUCGCUCCAAUGCAGUGUCUCCCACCAAGAACCAAGAGAAUGGAGCUCCUGAGAAGUCUAUUGAGAAACCACAGGAGAAGCCAGAAGCAAGGGCUAGUAAGGAUUACUCUGGCUUCCGAGGCAGUACCAUUCCCAGGGGAGCUGCUGGAAAAAUCAGGGAACAGAGACGCCAGUUCAGCCACAGGGCUCUGCCUCAGGGAGUGACUCGGCGUAACGGCAAGGAGCAGCAUGUGCCACCCAGAUCGCCAAAGUAAAGACAGACAAAAACUACUCAGAAACCUCGCUUCCCAUGAAACUUGGGCUGCGGCUUUUUGAACUGCUUUGGAGGGGAGAGAUACGGAAAGUAUAUCCUUAAAUCAUUAUGGAUUCUGAAGUUGUAAGCAGUAGGAUCCCAAAAUUCAUCUCUAAAGUGAUUUUUAAAUGCUGGAGGAUUCUAAUCAGUAUAAAUAUACAUAUAUAAAUAUAUAUAUACACAUAUAUAAAAUAUAAUUUUUCUAUUUUUGUUCUUGAUUUUAAUUUGCAGAUAUUUUCUGCCUGGAAUCAAUUUGAGGGUUCAGAUUUAGCUUGAGGAAGAAUACAUCCUUCAGUAUAGGAGAUGAGGGAAUGAGAGAAAAUAUUUUUUGAAGAAGCAUUUCUGUAAAAAUUAGAAAUUACUUUUUUUAAUCUAUUUAAAGUUUGGCUUUGAGAAUGCCAUCUCUGACUAUAUGGCCUUGUGUUGCCAAGCAGAUGGGUGGCGGGGGUGUCUGUUGGUGGGAGUGCGUGUGAGAGUGAUUUCAGCCAAAUCUGUUGUCAGGGGAGUAAAUGAUUUGAAAACUGAAUGUAAUUCUUGAGUAGAUUUUAGUUUGAAAUUUAAUUUGUCUUUUUGACUUUACUAAUAUUUCAUUCAAGAAGCUGUAAAAGCACUGAUUGUACUUGGAGAUGUGACUAUCAAUCAGUUUGAUACUCAAGGAAGGAAUAGGGUUACUCAGAAUACAUUUCAUCUUUGACCUGAACAAGUUGAAUGGAUUUCAGAGAUUUAAAUUCAGGUCCCCCUCUUCAGAUUGGAAACAGAAUUUUUUAUUACUUCGUCAUUCUGUUCUUUGAUUGUCAAUCCCCAGAAGCAAAUAACUUAUCACCUGUUGAAUUGUACAUUUCUGACUGCUUUGACCAGUCUAGUCAAAUCAUGUAACUGUUGUAAAUUUAUGAAUGAAUUAUUUUAUUCUUCUGUUCUCAUACUUAGAAAUUUAGGUUCUAGAUUGGUAGGUCCAACUGCCCCUUUCCAAAAUUGUGACUUAACUUUUUAAAGUUUAAAUUGUAUUGAAGAGAAUAAUUUUUUAAAGGAUUAUUAGAGAACUUUU